AUGUUGCAUCUGAAAGUCCAGUUUUUGGAUGAUUCCCAGAAGAUCUUUGUCGUCGAUCAAAAAUCAUCUGGGAAGACAUUGUUCAACCUGAGCUGCAGCCACUUGAACCUCACAGAAAAGGAAUAUUUUGGACUGGAGUUUUGGAGUUCUGCAGGGCAUGCUGCCUGGCUGGAACUUCUCAAACCGAUAACAAAGCAGAUUAAAAAUCCUAAGGAGAUUCUUUUCAAAUUUAUGGUGAAAUUUUUCCCAGUGGAUCCGGCUCAUCUGAAAGAAGAGCUGACCAGGUACCUCUUCACUCUCCAAAUCAAGAAGGACCUGGCAUCUGGAAGACUUCCCUGCAGUGAUAACAGCUCAGCCUUGAUGGUUUCUCACCUUUUGCAAUCUGCUCUGGGAGAUUUCCACGAAGAAAUGGAUUGGAAGCAUCUGGAGACGCACCAAUAUUUAGUGAACCAAGAGCGCUUGGCCAACAAGAUCAUGCACUAUCACAAGAAACACAGGGGCAAAACUCCGGCCGAAUCGGACGUGCAGCUUCUGGACAUUGCGAGGAAACUGGACAUGUAUGGGAUCCGGCCCCAUCCUGCCAGCGAUGGAGAAGGGACCCAGAUCAACCUGGCUGUGGCCCACAUGGGGGUCCUGGUUUUGCGAGGAAAUACCAAGAUCAACACUUUCAACUGGUCCAAAAUCCGCAAGCUGAGUUUCAAACGGAAGCAUUUCCUGAUCAAACUCCAUGCCAAUGUGGCGGCCUUGUGCAAAGACACGCUGGAGUUCGCCAUGGCGAGCCGAGACACUUGCAAAGCUUUCUGGAAGACAUGCGUGGAAUACCACGCUUUCUUCCGACUCUCCGAAGAGCCAAAGUCAAAGCCCAAAGCCUUCCUGUGCAGCAAAGGGUCUAGUUUCCGAUACAGUGGAAGGACCCAGAGGCAGCUGCUGGAGCAUGGGACCAAAGGGAAACUCAAGAGUUUGCCGUUUGAAAGGAAACACUACUCCUAUCGGUACCAUGACAGGCAAUGCCGCUCAUCCCCAGAUCUUCUUACAGACGUUUCUAAACAAAUGGAGGACUUGCGCCUGGUCUAUGGCAAUAUGGGAAGCUACUAUGGUGCAAAUGGUGUCCACACCUCGGAGCCCACACUCGACAGCCGGCGGAGGAACUCUGCUGUGGAAGUGAUCUUUGCAGACGAACUGGAGCGCUCCAAGCCCGAAGCUGAUCCAACGCUGCUGGCUCACUCCCAAAGCAGCUCUGUUUUCCCACUGGUCUACGCAGAGCUGGAACAGGAUUGGGAGCCCCCUGACCUUUACGGGUCGAGGGUCCCGCUGACCUCCUUCCAGCCAAGCUACAAGCUGGCAGGGAGCAGCAAAAGCACCUCCGUGGGCAACAUGCGCGAGGUGACCCCCAGGCAACAGCUGGCUUACACCGAUGUGCCCUACAUGGCCCCUGUCAACCCACCACUGGAUGUGGGUUCGCCCCAAGUCUUUUUUUAUGUGGAUAGGCCCCCUCAGUUUGCACGGCAUGCGAUGAUGGGCCCAGUGGAGGAGAUGGCAAGUGGCAUGAACCUCCUUGGGGUGGCACCCAUGAAACCUCAGAGGAGGAAUCCGGGGACCUCAAGAUUGAGGGUGCCUGAGCAAGAGGCCCUGCCAAGAACUAAUUAUCUUACUAGUGUUAGCAUGGAGCAAGAUGACGACGGAAGUGUGUUCGACUACGGCAUCCAGGAACCCAUUCCCAAGAGAUCCUGGAGCCAGUCGGAUAUGAAAACCAUCAGGUUCCCCUACGGCUCGGAGUUUCGACCUUUAGGGCCGUGUCCCGUCCUGAGUAGCAGGAAGGCUGACCUCCUCCAGUACAUCUGGGCUCAGCAGGGGUUUCCGGAUACUCCCCAACUCCAGCGAGCCACCGAACGCUACGUUGGCAGUGGGACGGAGUCCAGCGAUUCCGAUUCAGAGCUCCUGCCAGAUUACUAUUCUCUCUAUGGGAGGGUGGUCAAAGCCCCCCGGGCGAGGGUCCGCUUGUCUUCUGGGAGUCUGCAGCUCGAGGGAGAAGAUGAAGAAGUUUGCCUCGCUACUGCCAGCAUGGAUGACAACCGAACGUCCCAGGGAGCCUCCAAAUACUUCACUUAACUCAAA